UAAGUGUUUGUGUGUGCCGAUUUCAUUUUUGCUUUCACAUUAUAAGGACUUUGUUGACUUCACAUUAUAUUUUAAUGGUUAUUAUUAUUUCAUUGGGAAGAACUUGUUAGGUAGAGCUUUUGAACCAGUAUAAAGUGUUGCGUGGAUAUCGCCGGCAAGAAGGAAAAGAUUAGCCAGCUGAGAUAGAGGAGAUAAAAUUGCUGAUCUCUUCCAAGGUUUAUCUGGACAUGGAUGAUUUUGAAACAUGGAAGCUUGGUGAUUUUGAUAAGGUUUAUAUUGAGUUAACAAAAGAUGUUGCCUGUUUGCUUUGCCACUCAGUGUUGUUCCUCUCAUUCUCAGAUAACAUUCCAUGGAGGUCUGCGACCAUUUUGCUCAGUCUGGAAGGAUUUUGAGUCCAGAUGUUAUGUAGAAGACAGAGUACUUUUGGGAAUGUCAAAUAUAACACAUCACCAAAGAAUUUCCUUCAAAACACAAGCUAUAAAGUCUUUCUACUCCAAUAUUAUUGAAAGCUUUGCUUUCAUUAAUGAUCAUUAUUGCCCAAAUGAACUAGGCAACAUUAAUUGCAACUUUUAUAAGGAUUGGGAUUCUUCAGUUGGAGCAAUAGAUGAACUGCACCCACACCCUAUGGGAGGGGGGUAAACUGAAAUUCUUAGAAAGUUAUAACAUAUCUGAUGUUGAAGAAGGACCUUUGAACUCUGCAGACCAGUUUGCUGAUAAUACAGAUAGUUUAAUACGACUUGUGGAACCUGAAAUAACAUCAACUAUUGAUAUUACACCAGAGAAUCCCAGUUUGGGAUCUGAUUCCCUGGAAAUGGAUAACGAUUCAUUAUCCAGUGCAAAGGCUGAUUUUGAUGAUUUUUUGGGCGAGGUUAGGGACUCCAUCAACACUUCAAUAAAUAAGGGAGGAAAUGUUGUGCAAAGCUCACUAGACACAAUUACUUCAGAAGCAGUAGAUGGUGCCUUGAGUAAAGUAUUCUCAACUUUUGAUGAAACAGGAGAAUUAGCUGGCGAUAGAUUGACUAGCUUUUCAUCUGGUUUGAGGGAAGCCACACAAAAAGCUACUGGCACUUCUGUUGAUGUUCUCAGAGUUGCAAUCGUUGCAGUGGAGGAAUCUAUAGCAAAAGGGGCUUCUUUUGUUGUUUAUUCUUAUGGGUGCCAAGGAUUUGCUUCCUCCAGAGAUCAGGGGUGCACUGAAUCUGCCUGAAGAAAGGGUAACAGAGAUUUUGAGGCCAAUUGGUGUAACUUUUCAACUGGUACAUUAUACUUGGCACGUUUUACUUUGAUGGCUGUUGUACUCUCGUUUAAUUGUGUGGACUUGAAAAAAAAAUCUCCUGCAAAGAUAUAUUUGGGUUAUUUUAGAAAUCUUUUUGUUGGAGACAUCAGUCACUGCUUUCAGCUUACAGGACUUCUAGUUGAAAACUCAAUUGCAUCCAUCUCUGUUACACUGCUUAAUUAUGUGCUGAUCUAACUAAUUUAUGUUCCAAAACCAAAGCUGAAUUUCCUAAACCUGCUUUUACACC